GAGCGAGCGCACAUUAUUUGAAUUAUUUAGAAAACUACUGUACGGUUGUUUAUGUUGAAUUCACCCCGCCUCCUAUUCUGGCACAGUCACAUUUGAACUGAUGGACGGGUAUGCUCCUCCGGAGAGAUAACCAAGUCGAUUUUGGUUACUUUAUUUUAAUUUUUUUAAAGGGCCACGGGGUGCCUCGCGUUGUAUUGAAUUGGUCAUUUCUUGGACGAGGAGCGACGGUCAAAACGAAGAGACCAGAACGAGAAGACGGAGGAAGAAGACACUCGGGAGGGAAGAGGCGAAGAUCAAGCAACGCAAUUUAAAGACAGCGACGGCAUGUACUUCAUUUGAAAGCUUUACUGUAUUUGGACUUAUUACAUCUGUCGGUAAUUAUACCAUUUAAGGCGCAAAAUAAGCUUUUAUCCCCCAGUAGCAAAGUGUAUCAGGAAUACCGUGGAAAAGGCUUCUUCCCAUCCUCACUAAACGAGCAGAGGGCGACAUGGUAGCUCCAUACUUCAUGAUAACAUCGUUUUGAUUCGUUUAGCACAUGAAACACAGAGCCACUGAGGCCUAAUUAGCACUAGGAAAAAACCGACAGUAUGCAGUUCUAAUCAUUUUCCAGCAGAAAAAAAAAUUCCCUGCGAAUUACUUCCGCCACCCACUUCAGCAUUCCAGUCACUUUACGUGGAGACUAAAGCCAAACGGGAAGAUUAACAGGUGUCUGAGGGGGUGAGAGAGGUCAGAGGGUUAAGGUUAAAGGUCAUUUCAAGAUGAGUGAGCUCGAGCAGCUUCGACAGGAGGCUGAGCAACUGCGCAAUCAGAUCAGAGAUGCCAGGAAAGCAUGUGGAGACUCCACACUCACUCAGAUAACAGCAGGCCUGGACCCGGUGGGGAGGAUACAGAUGAGGACGAGGCGCACACUGCGUGGGCAUUUGGCUAAAAUCUACGCCAUGCACUGGGGCUCAGAAUCCAGGCUUCUCGUUAGUGCCUCGCAGGAUGGAAAACUCAUCAUCUGGGACAGCCACACUACAAACAAGAUUCAUGCCAUCCCCUUACGGUCAUCAUGGGUGAUGACCUGUGCGUAUGCGCCAUCUGGAAACUUUGUGGCCUGUGGUGGACUGGACAACAUUUGCUCCAUAUACAGCUUAAAGUCUAGAGAGGGCAAUGUUAGAGUCAGCCGAGAGCUGCCUGGACACACAGGUUACCUUUCCUGUUGCCGCUUCAUAGAUGACAAUCAAAUUAUCACCAGUUCAGGAGACACAACCUGCGCUCUGUGGGACGUGGAGACAGGUCAGCAGACCACGCUGUUCUCAGGUCACAGUGGAGAUGUGAUGAGUCUGUCAUUGGCUCCAGACUCAUGGACCUUCAUCUCUGGGGCCUGUGAUGCCUCAAUUAAGCUCUGGGACAUCAGAGACAGCAUGUGCAGACAGACAUUCACCGGGCACGAGUCAGACAUCAACGCUGUCUGUUUCUUCCCCAGCGGCAGUGCGUUUGCGACUGGUUCUGAUGACGCCACUUGCAGGCUGUUUGACCUGCGUGCGGAUCAGGAGCUGUGUUUAUACUCUCAUGAUAAUAUCAUCUGUGGCAUCACCUCUGUGGCCUUCUCCCGCUCUGGCCGUCUGCUGCUCGCCGGCUACGAUGACUUUAACUGCAACAUCUGGGACGCCAUGAAGGGAGACCGAGCAGGAGUGCUGGCUGGCCAUGACAAUCGUGUGAGCUGUCUUGGGGUCACAGAUGAUGGCAUGGCUGUGUGUACAGGUUCCUGGGACAGCUUCCUGAAGAUCUGGAACUGACCACACACAGCUCCCAUAUUGUACACAUUAUUCACUCAUCAUACACAAUAUAUGUACUUUACUGUACAUAUGAUGUACACUUGCCUACACAGACACACAUGCCUAACAAAACCUGUACAUAAUAUAUAUAAUUAGUUAUAUGUUUACACCAAAUCUUUUCAGUGCCACAUCAUUCUAUACACAGUCACACUAUAGGUAGGUUUGGACCACAAGUUUGAAAUAGGAAUGUUUACACACACACACACUUUUUUUCCCUUACUUAAGGUUUGCUGGAACUACAUGGUACCUUCACUAAGAGACACAAGUACAUUUGGAGGAAUGUGCGUUGAGUGAGUUAUCUAAUUUGAGCGUACAAUCCAAAACAUUUAUUUGACGCUUCAUAUUUAGUCUGAGCUCAAAGUGGUGGAUGUUGAUCCAUUGAAGAGCAUUCUUUUUUUUAUUUUGACUUCCAUUCUGUCUUCUAUACUCAAAGUCUAAAGUACUGAUGUUUCCAUGAGCAUGUAGAGUUGAAAAGAUGAAGGAGAUGUACCCAACCCAUCUGUAGUUGAUACAGAUCACACUUUAUGUAGCCCAUGUUUUUAUAGAUGCGUAUGCCGGCAUAUUCCAGUAUAUAAGUAAUUAAAUGACAUUUUUGUC